AUGGACCAGGGUGUUUCCAACAGUAACAAGAAAAUCUGGAUCUUUUGGGAUCAAGAGUUCGCUGGUACUCUUUGGGACAAAGAUGAACAACAUAUGAUAAUUGAGCUAAAGUAUGUAGAAGUUGGAGACACCUUUCACAUCUCUGUGAUAUAUGCAAAAUGUAAACCUGCUCUGAGAAUUCCUCUAUGGGAGACCUUGAAACUUAAAUCUACUCCUUGCACUGUGCCUUGGUGCGUGAUAGGAGAUUUUAAUGUCAUUACUUCAAUGGGGGAGAAUAUUGGAGGAAUACCACACCAGAUGAAAAAGAGUAAUGAUUUCAUCAGCAUGAUUGAAAAAUAUGGUUUAAUUGAUUUGGGUUUCCAUGGACCAAGAUACACAUCGUUUAAUGGAAGAGGACCUGGUGCUAUAGUGUGGAAGAGAGUAGACAGGGGUCUUGUUAAUGAUUACUGGAUAACCUCUUUCCCUACUACUAGUAUCACACAUUUGGCUUUAGUAGGUUCUAAUCAUUCACCUCUCCUGUUGAAAAUGCAUGUGAGACAAGAUAAUGCCAAGAAAUACUUCAGGUUUCUCAACUAUUGGGUGAAGAAUGGAAGUUUCAUGCCACUGGUUCAAGAGAAACCAAAGGAAUUUGAACAGAAGGUUAAGUUAGCAGAAGAGAAAUGGGCUACUACCAAUGAUCCAACUAACAGGAUGAUCCUUCAUGAAGUUCAAGCUCAAGGUAGAAGAAGGAAACUCUUCAUCCACAAAAUCAAGGAUGAAAAAGGAGAUUGGAUUCAGCGUGAUGAAGCUGUUAGGGAAGCUGCUUGUGACUAUUUAUUCACUGAACCUGGAGGCCAUAUUAGAGAGGACCUUCUCAAUUGUAUUCCAACCAUGACCACUAAUGAAGACAAUGGUGAACUCUCCAGAGAUCCUGAAAUGGAAGAACUUAAACAAGUUGUUUUUUCCAUGAGCCCAACCAGUGCUGCAGGCCUAGAUGGGAUGAAUGGAAAACUCUUUCAAUGA